AGCGCUUGUUUGCUUGCUGUAAAAAACAAGUGAAAUAGAGUGCGGAAUUGCAGCGUCGUGCCUGGACUGUAACGCAAAGUGUUGGUUUGGUCGGUGUACUGUGCAAUGCAAUGGAGUGGCAAUUUAUAAUACCUCAAGCAAGAGCGGAGCUUUUGCGAUCGGAUAAAAACCAUUACUGCGUCGGUCGAGUACUUGACGCCGCCGAAGUCCCGGAUGCGCUGAAGGCUUCGCGAGUGAUUUCGAGCGACCCGUUCGCUAUAUUCGACCAUUUCGAUACGUUCUACUCGGUCAUCGACAAUGAGAAGGCUUUGGCAGGGACGCAUCUGCUGCGUGCCUACGAUCAGCUCUACGGUGCUAUCGACAAGCUCGGCAGUACGAUGGCGGACCUGCUGUCCCGGAAGGAGAUAGACACCACCGAUCGGCAGUCCGCACUGAAUGCGGUCAAAAUGUUGGCCUUCCUGGUGAACGGCCUGGUGAAAGCAAUCGAUGCGCAUGUAAAUGCCGCCAGCGAGAAGCUGACAACAAAGAAGAGCAAAAAGCAGACGGCCAACGAGCAGCUGGAGGCGUUGGAUUGGGACAACAAACGGUACCAGUGCGUCGUCCAGCUGUACAAUUUGUUGCAGCUUCCGCUGGAGAAGCUGUGGGAUCCGCCGGUCUGUGAGGAAUCGUUUGUAGAUGUUAUUUGUGAUAUCUGCUACCGGACGCUGGAGCAAUCGUACGUGCGGAAUCGCAGCACCGCGGACAGUGUGUUUCAGAUUCUGGGAACCGCGAUCAAGCGCUACAAUCAUUCGCUUGCCUUUCCCGUGCGCAUUCUGCAGAUUCUCGAACACAUCGAAGCGGCAAUCCCUUCCGUAGCGGCUGGAGUAUUGCUGCUCUACGAGGAAUUCGGUAUACAGACAAUCUAUCCCGUCAUUAUCAAGGAAAUCAUCGAACGGCUAAGCGUCGACUCGGCCGAUCAGCAGACGGCACGCUUUUUCAGCCUUUUUCUGGUCGAGCUUGGUACGCUUGCGCCGAAGCUGAUGAUACCGCAUCUCUCGACGCUGAGCGAGGAGCUGCUGAAUCUGGAAUCGUACACACUACGCAACUGCGUGCUCCAGAUAAUGGGCGAAGCGAUCGUCAGUGAGCUCACGUCGGAAGAGCUGUCGGAUGAGCUGAAGGAGACGCGCGAUGAGUUUUUGGAGGAUCUGCUCAACCACAUGAUGGAUAUAUCGGCCCAUGUGCGGUCGAAGGUACUGCAGAUAUGGUUGAAUCUCAAGGAGCACAAUUCUGUCCCGUUGGCAUGGAUACACAAGGUGCUGCACGUGGCCGUCGAGCGGCUGGAGGAUAAAGCGCUUCUUGUACGCAAGCAAGCCAUAGCGCUGAUCAAAGCUUUCCUAGAACACAAUCCAUUUUCGGCAAAGCUGUCUCUGGCUGAGCUGAGGGCCCAAUACGAGGAGGAAGAUAAAAAGCUACAGGAUCUUCGCACUCAGCUGGUGGAGCAAGAUACUAAAAUGAAAGCGGUCGAAGAGGAAUGGGAAGAGAUCGUGGUGCAGAUGUACCCAACACUAACGGAGCUGUUUGGCAAGGAGCCGGAAGAUCUGGAAACAGCAACGGAAGCCGAUGUAAAAUUGCUUUCCGAGAGUAUCAUCUCGUUGCUAAAGGAGGAAAAAUACCAAGAACUGGUACGUUUGGUACAGCGGGCCGAUUAUGCACUUGGUAACAGUGAACAGCGAAAAGAGAUGACGUUCGAGCAUCAGUGCAUGUACUACAUCACACUGCUUAAAAGCUACUUCAUUCAUGGUCAUACGAAUGUGACACUGAAUGCCGAGUUCCAGAAGGUGGAAAAUUCGGUCAACUUCCUGCACGAUUCUAUCCGCUUCUCAGAACUAAUAUCGAAUGCCGUUCCGAAGUUGCUGGAGAUGCUCAUGUCAAAGUCUCAAUCGGACGUUCAUGGCGCAAUCGACUUCUUUACCUCGGCGUAUCUUUUCGGUAUCAAGGGCACGGAACAGGGCAUGCAGCAGAUGCUUUAUCUCGUGUGGUCUACCGACAAGGAGAAGCGCGAGAAUGUAACUGCCGCCUACAAACGGGUGCUGUUCGAGACGAAUUUGCAGGGCCGGGCACACACGGUUAAAGUGGUACGCAAUCUGAGCCAAUUCCUUACGAAUCUGACCCGUGGCCAGUACACGGCAAUGGAGGUGCUCGUACAGGAGUGGGUCGAAAACGGGGACAUCGAUGCGCAGAUGGUGCAGGUUCUGUUCGAAAUCUUUACCCUGAAGCUGGAGAAUGUGUCGCCGGAGGAAUCGCGUCAAGCGCUUCAGCUGCUGGUGAUGGUAUCGGCGGCGAAACCGUCGGUUGUAACGGCUAACCAGCGCCUGCUGGAAACGAUCGGAUUCGAGGAGCGGGGACGCAAAGAUCCUCGAAUUUUUGUCGCCACGUUAGACUUGCUUAUCAACUCCAUUCCGCCGGCAACAAACAGCUCGAAAUAUUACAAACGCUUCGAUCAUACGUCCUCCACCGUGCAGCACGUAAUCGAUCUGUACACAAAGCUGUUCUUCUGCUCGCGUGUGGAUAACUUUGACGAUAUCGGUACCAAGGUGUUUGAUUUUAUCUACAAAAUGGUCAAAACACCAGACCUGCUCUCGCAAUCGAUCGUGGUAGCAUUGUACGAGCGGCUGCAGAAGCUCGCAGAAUCGAGCACAGCAGACGCCAGCUCCGAAGAGAUACGCAUGUCCCAGAUGAGUCAAAUAUCGGGAUCCACGCAAGAACAGAACAGCCGUGGGUCGCAGAACAUGACACAGCCAGAGCAGCUGAUUCUAGACAUUCCUCACUUUUUGGCUGCCCGAUUUGUCUUCACCAUCGGGUACGUUGCAAUGCGCGAGAUGAUCUAUUUAGAUAUUGACGUGUACAGCAACAUGAAAUAUCGGCAGGAGUUGAAGGAAGAGUUAAAAAAUCAGAAGAAGAAAAAUGCCGCCUUGGCGGGCAACAAGAGUGUGAUGGCGACGCCGGUUCGUCCCGGAACGGCAUCACAGAUGAGAAAAACGCUCUCUACCUCCAUGAACGUAUCGGCCAGCAAUGCGCUGAAGCGUCUGUCCGGUUCAACCGGAGCAGCAGGAGGCAAUGGUCCGGAGCAGGCCGAGCCGGAAGAGGAACUGUUGAGCGGUGCCACGGCAGAGGAUGCGGUCGCGGAAGAGAUUAACUACAUUUGCGAGCAGGAACUGCUCUACGGUAGGGACAAUCUGCUGAACCGUUUAAUUCCUACGGUGCUGGAGGUGUGCAAGUUCCCGAACCGCUAUCGGGACGAAAUGCUACAAAAAGCGGCCGUUCUGACGCUGAUCCGUCUGAUGGCCGUAUCGUCCAAAUUCUGUGAAGACAACAUGCCAUUUCUGAUGAACAUUUUCAAGCACACGAAAAACACCAACAUUAAAUGCAACAUCAUGAUCGGUCUGUCGGACUUUACCUUCCGCUUUCCAAACGUGAUUGAACCGUGGACAAAGCACAUGUACUCGACGCUGUAUGAGCAGGACGUGGAGCUGCGUAUGACGGCGGUGAAGAUGUUGUCUCAUCUGAUCCUGCACGAGAUGAUACGCGUCAAGGGGCAGAUUUCGGACCUGGCGCUCUGCAUCGUCGAUCCGGUAAAGGACAUUCGCACCAUCACGGAGCAGUUCUUCAAGGAGAUUGCGAACAAAUCGAACAUUUUGUACAACGUGCUGCCGGACAUCAUUUCACGCCUGAGUGACCCGAAUCUGGACCUUGAGGAGGAAAAGUACCACAUUAUCAUGCGAUACAUCAUCGGGCUGAUCAACAAGGACAAACAGAUCGAGAGUUUAGUGGAGAAGCUGUGUCUCCGGUUUCGGGUAACGAAGGAGGUGCGGCAGUGGCGAGACAUUGCCUUUUGCCUGUCGCUGCUGUCGUACAACGAGAAGACGAUCAAGAAGCUGAGCGAAAACAUUGGUUGCUUUAAGGAUAAGGUGCAGCACGAGGAGAUUUACCAGUCAUUCCGAACGAUUAUCAGCAAUACGAACAAGCUGGCGAAGGUGGAACUGAAGAACGCAGUUGGCGAAUUUGAAACGCGACUAAAGGAAUGUCUGGAGGUACGCGAUGAAACUAGGGAUGCUGCAGGCAGUAAUAACGCUGCGGGAGGUUCCUCAGAUGAAGCGAACAGUGAAAUUGCAUCCACCUCGGAUAAAACAUCCAACGCAGCAGCAAGGAGAGGGCGAGCAAAGAUUGUCGAGCGAGGAACUAAACCAUCAGUGGCCGGCCGAGGAAAUAAAACUUCCAAGAAACCCGGCAACAGUAAACCAGCGGGACGCCGCGGCAAAGCGGUACAAGACUCGUCCGACGAGGAGGACAGCGACAGCGAGGAAGAAAAUCUGCCCCCCGCAUCGAGUUCGCGAGCUAUAGCCAGAGCACGCCAAAAUAUGAAGAUUACCAAAGUCAUCGAAAGUGACAAUUCAGACAUUGAGCCCGACACUAGACGCAAAAAGAAAAGAACAUUCGCCGCCAAACAUAGGGGGGAAGAAUGAGCAAAUUAUAGAGGGUGCGAGAGAAAGUGUAUGAGACAGAGAGUGGUAGAGAGAGAGAGAGAGAGAGAGAGUGUUUGUGUGUGUGAAAACACAUCCUCUAAAAUCAAUCUACUUUUCUGCCACUACUCAUCCCAUCCCAAAGUCAAAUUCCUAGCCGAGGCACAUGUUUUCACCGAUUAAAACGGCGCGGUAGAAGCAGCUUUCUCGACCAGCAUUGCAUCCCCGCCCGCGCGCGCUUGGCACGUGUUUCUUCUAUAUAAAGUGGUUAAACAUUGAUUGUGUACAGAGUAUAGCAAAAGAUGUAGAAUAUGUUCGUUUUUUAAAAUUAUAGCAAAUUUGGGCAGCCAUAGUAAAACAUAUAUUGCAGCAGUAUGAAUUACUUCGCAACAAACCAGACAUCGUUUCCGGUGUGCUUAGUACGCAUAGCACGUAUAGCGUGUAACAGAUAAUUCCCCUUAGCAAAAGUAGUUUGCCAUUGAUUGCAGGAAUAAAGGUAGUAGGAUUCGUAAGGAUAGCAAUUCCUCAUAGGGCGGUUUUGUGUGUGUGUAAGUGUUGUAAUUCUAUUUUGAUUUUAAAUAUAUAAAAAUAAUGCAGAAA